AUGGGUGUUCCGGACGAGCAUACCGGGCUCGUUCUUGGUCGUGGUGGAAGAAAUAUAAUGGAAAUCGGUCAGCAUUACUCACAAAAACCAACGGAGACGGAGAAGAAGAGAGAGAUUAAGCAUCGUUUUCAUGAGCAUCCCUUGGUGUUUGUGAAAGAGCAAAGCAAUGAAGGCGAGAAAGCUUACUGCUCAGCUUGUGGGGAUGUGAUUUCAGAUCCAUACUUUAGUUGUCCACCCUGCAAUUAUCACCUUCAUAACAACUGUGCCCUCGCGCCUGGUUCAAUUUCCGGUCACCCUCUCCAUCCGAAGCAUUCUGGUUUUUUCCUUCGAGAAAGGCCACGUCCCGGUAAUAAGGUAUAUGGUUGUGCAUUAUGCAAGGAGAAGCGUAACAUGUUCUUUUAUGAAUGUCAGCUUUGUUACUUUUCCCUUGACAUCAAAUGUGCUGAUUUAUCUUCUUCGUUUAGUAAAGUCAACCAAGAGUCCAAACAUGACUUCCACCCACAUCCAUUGACCUUCAUUCAAAGUCCCAUAGGUAAACUCAAAAGCUUGAUCAAUAUUUUAUGUGCUUGGUCGAUGCCCAUUGUUGAAGAUAAAAGCCACCAUCAGCACCCAUUUACCUUACUUUGGAGGCAAGACUCGUUCAUUUGCGAUGCAUGUGGUACUGAGGGAAACUAUAUGUCUUAUAUAUGUUCGACAUGCAGCAUCACAGUCCAUAAAGACUGCACUUCACUCCCACGCAUUAUCAAAUUUUCACGACAUGAUCAUUAUCUUUUUCACAAAUAUUUUCUUCAAACACGAGAGCUUACAAAGCAACAUUGCAAGAUUUGUUUCAAAGAAGUGAAAGUAGAGCGUGGGAGUUACUCUUGUGUGAAGUCCGGUUGCAGUUACAUUGUUCACGUGAAUUGUGCCUUGGAGGAUGACAGAUUUUACGAGGUGGUUAAGCGAGAAAGCCAAUGCGAGGAGCUUUAUGGAAGUUCAGCUAAGUCUUUGCAGUCUUCCAUCAAUCGUGUUGUUGAGGAGAGUGAAGACGGGGAAGCCACAAAGAUUGAACAUUUCGGCCAUGAUGUUCAUUGCUUGGUGUUAGUAGACAAGAUGGAGGAGGAAGAAACUGAUAGAAGAUGUGCUGGGUGCAUGCUACCUGCCUCAACUCUGUUUUAUUAUUGUUCUGAAUCAGAAUGCCAUUUCUGUCUUCACAAAUAUUGUGCUGAGUUGCCAAGAGUAAAGCCUCAUUGGUUUCAUCGAUCUAUUGCCAUUCUUAACUCUAAAAGCUUCAAAUUUUGUGACUUGUGUCGUCGAUAUUGUAGUGGUUUCUUCUACAAAAUUAGAGGAUUCGACGUCUGUUUAAGGUGUGCUAAAAUUCCAGAUAUCAUUGAAGAAUUUCAAGGACACCAACACUUCCUGUUUUAUGAUUCCAAAUGCAGGGAGCGAUGUAAUGGUUGUGGCAACAACCACAGUCCGUAUGGCGCAUUCAAAUGUGGAAAGUGCAGUUUUGUUUUGGAUUUCAAAUGCUUAACAUUACCACAUUCAGUUCUUCACAAAUUUGAUCAACACAAGCUAAACCUUAGCUAUCAUGACGACAAUGAUUAUUCAAAGCAUCUUCGUUGUGACAUCUGUGAAGAAAAAAGAGAUCCAAGCCUAUGGUAUUAUCAUUGUUCGAUAUGUGAUACUUCUGCUCAUCCCAAUUGUAUUCUUGGAGAAUUUCCAUUUCUUAAGGAUGGGAUCACUUUGCCUUCUUUUUUGAAUCCACGUCAUCAUCAUGAUCUUCAGUUUCUUAGGAAGGCUGAGGACUACCCUAAUUGCUCAUCCUGUGGUCAGCGUUGCCGAAGAGAAAUUCUCAAGUGUACAAAAUCUACAUGCAACUAUAUUAUUCACUUGAAAUGCAUGUAUUUCACUCAAAAUGAAAGGUUUAGAAGUCUUAUUAAAUCCAAGGAGUUCACAAACGGUUUCGCAGUUCGUUCCUACUACUUCAAUGAAAGGAUACUCCAAACUUUCAAUGAGCUUUGUCUGUGA